AGUCCACAUAACCUGAACCCAGCGUCAAUCCGCAAGCAAGGAAAGCCCAAGAAGGGCAAGAGAGGUUUAGAGCCCCGUCCAAACUCCAAACCAGCCAUGGCGACGGCGGCUGGCGGCGCGCGGCGGGCCCUCGCGGGGCUGCGCUCGGCUUCCUCUUCCAGGGCCUUCUCCCAGCCGGCGCCGGCUGCGGCGGCGGCUCGUUCCCCUGAGCUCGCGGCCUUCUCUCUGCCUCGCUCCACUCGCCGGCGCCCCGCGAUCUCGAGGGUCCCGGUGGAGGCGCUCGGCGGCGCGCAUGGGUUGAUGCCGCUGCACAGCGCCACUGCGUCGGCUUUGCUCACCUCCAUGCUCGGGCUUAAGCCCGGAUCUUGGGGUUGGCUCUCAGAAGGGUUUGCAACACCUCUAUAACAGGAGUGGUGUUUUGGUCACCACACAAGAAACUUUUCUGUUAGCCUUUCCCCCAGCAGGUUCCAAUAACAUUAGUUACAAGACUUGUGGACUAUAAUACCCGGGAUUUUUGCUGAUGGAAUCUGUACUAAAUUUUUUCUCUGCUUAAAACUUAUGAUGGCCUCAUGUGCCAGAUGAUUGUCCAAGCGAUCAUAUUCAUCACAACUUUGCAACAUAUUAUGCAUUUACCUGUUUCUGUUGAUUAA